GUGAAAUCAGUUGAAUAUGGAGAUCAGCACAAGGAUCGUGUUUGCUCUGCUGCUGACUAUUUCACUGCAAGACAGGGGGGAUUUCAGUCCAGCCUCUGAAAGAGCUGAGCUUUCACUGACGCUCAUUCAAUCGAAUACUGAUGAAAAGGUCUUAAACGUUGACCAGAAAGCAUCUGAUCAAAACACCAACUUGGAGUGGGUCCGAUCAGAAGGAGUGCCGAAAGAUGCUGUUUUUUAUUCCAACGAAGGAAAGCAACAUUACAUUGCUAAAUAUAACUCGACAUGUGAGGUUUGCUUUUUCGACAGCAUCUCAAAGUCAUGUUUAAAAAUGUUGUCCACCAAGAAAUGGGAAUCUGUUAAAAUUUUAACAUUCGAAGAGAUUUUGUUUUUAGUGAACAGGGACAACUUUGAACUGCUGGAAUGGAAGAAAUGCACCAUUAAUAAGUUUCCACCAAUGUCAGUGGUGGUAUGUGGGAAAUUUAUUGUUAAUCUGAAUAUGAGCACGCAAACUGAUGGGGAAGCGCUCGCCAUAAACAAUGACAUUAAAGUGCAACAUUUAAAUGUUGUUGAGUAUCUAAUAUCAAGUGCAGUGACUUCAGAAAACCUUGAAGUGCUUAAACAUUUCAAAGCUUCCAACAUGAACUGCAAACCAUCAAAACAUACAGUAAAAUUGGACCAAAAUAUCGAUAAAACAUAUUCUUAUCAAAUUGGUAAAAUCCAUACAUUUGGAUUCAACUCAGAGGUGUCAGUCUCUGGUGAAAUCCCAACUAUUGCAAAAAUACUAGGAAAACUUGGGUUUAAAUAUGAGCACACACGAUCUCGUAAUAACACUACAUCUGUCCUUGAGAAAAACCUUCAUUCUGUGAGUACGGAUGUGGAGAUUCCACCUCACCAUUCUUGCACUGUUGACAUUACAAGCAAUAUCUUAAAAACUGAAGUUCCGUUCACUGGUGAGAUCACAAGAGUGUACAACAACAAACAAAUACGAAAGACCUUGGUCAACGGCACCUACAUCCAUCAGGAAGUAGACGAAAUCGAAACACUUGUGAAUCCCUGUCAGCAGCUCUCUGGUAGAACAAAUUGUUAACCAGUGUACAUGCUCUAUAUCUGAAAACAAUUAACAUGUUGUGUAUAAGUGUAUGACAUGUAACACGUAAUGAUCAGAGAAUUAAAAUUAAGCAUUCAAAAGAC